CCACAAACUCUAUACAACAGCAUCCACAACGCACCUGGUGGCCCGGCGAGGGAACCAAACUUCUCCACGUGGACCUUUAGUCCACUGCGCAGCUGCCUGGAGAGAGCGUAAGAGCUCGUACAUUUGUCAGUGUAACUCAGUGUCAACAUGACACCUGCUGUGCAACAAUCACAUAUGCACUCCUCUCCCGUCCUAUUCCUGGCUCUCCUCGCCGCUUAUAUCGGGAACUUGAGAUUCCUGGGAGGGCUGCAGAUGUUACUCCUCCUCCAUGGUGCUGCCGGAGAGAUUGUGGCGGGCCAAGUGGUAGAAAGAAAGGAAGGCAAGAAAGAGGAGUCUGCUACCGUACUGCCACAGCCACCGCCGCCCGAGGAGUACCUUUACCACCAGCACGUUGAAAGUGAUACGCUCGUCAGGGAGUACCUUCUGCAGGAGAUUCAUCCACGUAGCGCUCUCAUGUGUCCGAAGGGCCUCGCUAUAGCCAAGAUCAGCAUGAAGUUGAGGGUCGGGAAGGAUUUAGUGGAGGCGCAUCCCGAGGCUCGUCUGACGGCGCCCUUCACUUACUGGCUGGUGCAAACUAACAACGGGAAGGGCAACGAUGAGGAGGAAGGUCCAAGCAGGUGUCCGACGCUGCAUCGGUGUCUAGGCUACCAAGCAUGCCUCUUCACCUUCGGGAUAGAGUUUUGCAAUCUUGAUCCCCUUCCUGGCCAACGCAAGUUCCUGUUGGUGACGGUGACCUGCAUGCGAGACGAAGCAUUGCUCAAGGGAAUGCGGGACGCUUACCAAGACGCUGUCCCCGUCAACGAGGUGGCGAGACGCUCUGGUCUGGUGUUACAUCUCACCUAUACUUCACACUUGGAGGAGGGCGUGCAGGACCUGUCCUCCACGGUCAUAUCGGAACGAGAAGAAGGAGAAGGUGAAAUAUUCUAUGCCAUGUGCCACAAUCUCCAAGAUAUCACCAAGUCCGGCUAUCGCGGUCAAUGUCACACGGAGCCUCCAGCCUCUGAGGUCGUGAGCGAGGCCCUGUGGUCCCUCCUCGGCCGGGUACCUUCACGCCAGUGCCGAGAGGAAUUGCAGGAAAUCUACUGUUCUUUUCAGUACCACAGCAAGGGUCUCUGUGUACCACCAUUUCUCGUCGCCCCUUCCCAGGUGAGUGGAGUGGACCCUGAAGACUUAAAGUUCAACGAUGUAUCGCUUCCAAAGAUGGGGCCUCGUCCACCACCCCUGAACUUCAAAAAACCACCAGGGCCCCUCCACCCUGCUGGUCUUGCUUUCGUUAUUCUAGUUCACAAAGAUCCUCCUGCUGUGAUGCAGCUGCUGUCUCUCAUCUACAGGCCCCACCACUUCUACGUGCUACACGUGGACCAACGAGCUACCCAUGUGCGCCGAGCCCUCAAUGAUCUGCUGCUUCACCUCAUGCCGGGAGCCUCCAACGUGAGGAUCUUGCCCGCGUCACGCUCCUUCGUGGCCUCUUGGGGAUCGUACAACAUCGUGCGGGCGGAGCUGGAGGCAUUCGAGGAGUUGCUCCGGAUGGGACACUGGGACUUUGCUAUCAACUUGAGCGGUGCCGACCUGCCUCUUCGGGACGUGGAUGACUUGGCGGCUACGUUAGCUCCUUACCGUGGAACGAACUUCGUGCCGAUCUUCACCCAGCGGAACAAGAACAUGAAGGCAGACCAGGGCCUGGCGUGGGAUGUAUGGCACGGGUGUGAAGGGUACGUGUACAACGUGACCAGGGGCGGCGGUCAGCCCGAGCCACAGGAGUUGCUCAUCUACACUGGGUCCCAGUGGUCCAUUAUGUCACAUGAACUGGUGAACUACGCCGUGACUCCCGCCCUUCGAUCGCAAGCUACGAACCGAUGGCAGUUUUACCUUCAAACAUCCAUCAUUCCCGAUGAAAGUUACUUCCCAACGCUGACUCAUAACUCCCCUUUCGUCAAUGCGACUCGGCACCUGGGGUUCCACUGGCUGAAGCGUUUCGAAGGACGCAACACUCUCAACCUUUGCCGCCACAUGGAGGACACUGACUUCUGUGGCCAGGGUCCAGGCCCCAUCACUGAGGAGGACCUUUAUCAGAUGUUUGAGAGUUCUCAUCGCUACUUCUUCGCCCGCAAGUUUAACACGAAUUCACCAACACAUGCCACUCGAGUGAAGGUGAACGAACAUAUGCGCAUCGGUUAUUACCAGAACCUGAGGACACAUUUAUCCCGCGACCUUAUGCAUCAGCUUUUGACGGCAGCACACGUAAGGCUCGUUCAGAAACACCUGGUGAAACCUUCCACUCGGCCCGGAAAUCUUCUCUCCUUACGGGUGUUGCCCGUCCUGCACCUCACCAAUCCCUGCUGCUCGCUGCCCUUCCAGAGAAGCUUCAAGAGCAUUCAGGAAUUUGUCACCUGGCUCGACUUUACCUUCGUGGACGCAGAGGGGUGGAGUGCAGGGGUGGCUCGGGCAGCAGUGUGGCAGCAGCCGCCAUUUGACUGCUAUCCUGACGGUCACCUGAGGGCACUGCGGGUCACGACGUGGCAAGAUGAGGUCCGCAGGACACAGCUUUCCAUCAACAUACCACUGCCCUUCGCCGCGCCGGGCGCUGACUCUGUGCAUGUGGAAAUGUGGUUCCACGUGGGACCGCGGAGCCUCAGUCCUUCAUGCCUGGCUGGAGAGGGGCGCCGCGCAUCUUCUCCCGGCAUACCCAUGCACUUCCCUGACCUGAAGGUGGAGAAUGUGACGGCGCAGCCCCUGGAAAUAGUGAUACAGCUGGUGGAUCCGCAGGGCAGCGUCAGGUGUGAGGAGCGACGCAAGGAGACGUGGGAGGAGAGCCGGAUCCACCCUAAUGCUGAUGGGGAGAGGGUGGAACUCGCGUCUUUCUUUACCCUCUUGUGCGGUCUUAUGGAAUCCGGACUUUGGACCGUGAGAGUGUUCCAGAGCGGAUUGGAGACGCCCAGACGCUACGAACUGACGGUAGGGGUGCUGCCCAGGUCUUGGGCAACGCAGGAACCGACACCAGAUUUGCUGAUGUCCUUGUGGCGGGUAGGAGAAGUGGCUGUCCUGCCCCUGGACGAUGGAGGUGAGAAGGCGAAGAAAGAGAAGGAAAAAAAGAAUGAAGGAAGCGGGGAAGAGAAAAAGUCGGACGUAGAUGAACAAAAAGGAGAAGAAGAGUUUGCUGAGAAGGAGGAGGAAAGGAAAAUGGUUGAGGAGCAGCACCAGCACAGCCUUCAUGAGAGGUCAGCUGGGGGAAUGAGCCCUGACCUGGUGGAGCGUGAGCAGAUCUUUAGACUGGACGAGUGGCUGGUGUGCGGCGGAGGCUUGCUGACGGCGACGCUGGCAGUCGUGUUUACAUAUCACUGGGUGGUUGUGCCUGCCCUGAUGUCCGUGAGAGCCUCCCCCAGGAUGCAGCGCUCCGCCCUCCUCGUUCUGUGCGCCGUGCUGCUACAGAUCUUCGUCACAUCUUCCUUCUGCAGAUGAUGCCAGACUCUCGUAUAUAGUAUUCCCGAGGAACUACAUUGCCGGUGGUCACAGUGAAGAGAGAAACCACGACCUGUAGUAAAACAUAUGACAUACGACUUAAGCCUGAAGCGUUUUGUUCUAGUAUAUUUCAUUAUAACUUCAAACAAAUGUUAUUUUGGGAGGUAAAACUGUCUUUUAUUAUUCUACUGGUGUUUCGAUUAGGAAUGUGUACCUUGAAUGAAAAAAAAGAAAAGAAAUAAAAACAAGCUCCCAUGAAAACACGACAAAUUAUCUGAGUUCUUUGGAAGAACAGCUACACUGAAAGAAAAAGGCUUCCUGAAUAUAGUUUGACCAUACACCAUCUCCUGAGGAUGCACCGCCACGUCAAACGUUGCUGUAUAUACUCUGCCUGACUUUGUUUUCGCUUUCCACACUGUAUUAUUUCCUCCUUAGUUCUUUUGGUUAUUAUUAGACAAUUGUUCACGUAUGGUAGAAAUGCUUGGUAAUGAUACUCCUAUUAUGUAUACGACAAGUGGAAGGGCGAACAUGUAAUAGUUACACUUUUCCUGAUGCGUUGGAUGUAUGGUAACGUAUUUUUCCUCUACAUUUCUCUUCAACUAUUUGAGGUGUGUAUGUAAUGCUGGAGAUAAUAUGAAUUGUAUGCAUGAUUACUGUUUUUGUUUAAUAAUUAUAAUUUUUUUACAUAACAA